AUGGAGGGCCAGAGGCUGCUGAGGCUGGUGUCCCUGCUCUGCUUUGUCCCUGCAGCCAAGGCCUGCUUGCAGUGUGACCAUAAGAUCAGGAUCCUGCUAGAGGACUUUGUCCUGUCUGCUCCCACCGUGGACGACCAGAUUGAAAUGACCAAGAUUCGCGACCAUGCCUAUGUGACCUACAGAGAGACCAGCCAGAAGCGAAAGGGAGUCAUUGAUCCCACCACUCUUUACAGAGCCAGGACUGAGUACGAGAGUGAGUUGGACCGCUUCUUGAAAAUUGGGUACACUGGAUCUGUGACAUUCCAGGCCAUUCAGAUCCUGGAGAAGGGCAGGAAGAUCUUAGAAAAACACUUGGACACAUUCAUCCGCGACGGACUGUGCCCCAACAAGUGUGGGCUUUUAAAACGAAGAGUAAUGGAUUGCUUCUCUUGCCACUACAAGAUAUACAUCUGCCCUUCCCCUUCUGGCCAGCAGGACUGCGGUGAGCUCCCAGUGCAGGCCGAGGAGGGAGGCCAGGCGGUGUUGAACUGUUUCCUUCCAUGGCAUCACCUUCUGUUGGGAGCACCGGAGUACCAUUACUCCUUCGCCCGCGGCGUACCGGGAACUGAACAGCUGAAGGAGAGUGACUUCGAAGCCUUGGUGGUGACCGCCGAGUCAUCCGUGGUCUUAAAUCAGCUGCACGCAGAUGAACAAGGAACUUAUCGCUGCUCUCUGCAGAGCCAAGAUGGAACUGUCUUCUACCGGGUCAUUUUCCCACUCGCUGUCGCCCUUUCGCCUGACCAGACUCGCCGACCCGUCAUCGAUCUGCCCUCCCUGCCUUCGGGAGACAACUACUCACCUUCUCAACCUACUGCCGGCCUGCUGGUGCCGGUUGUUGCCAUGGUUACGGCCCUGAGUCUGCUCGCGAGCGUUGGCCUCACAGUUGUCCUGGGGUGAGAGACAGUAAGCGUGUCUGUAUGUUAGUAGGAAGCGGCGGACGUUGAAGAGGUGACACGGAGCAGUCAGAGGGCGUGACAGAGUACACAAUGCAAGAUGAGGGAAGUGGUUGUGUAGUCCACAGGUUGUGUGAAGGGAGAAUCAUGACUGAUGAGCCUGAGAAAUAUUUCAUAGGAAGCUGCAAUUUUUUCGGCCAUUUACCUCAUGGCCGAAAAAAAAAACGUUUCCAGGGAGUGAUUUCAUGAUUCAAGCACAUAUGUAAAUCAACAGGUCAUGUAUGGGGGUUUCUAUCUAUUGUUGUUUGUGCUGAGUUGGGACUUAAAAUUAGCAUUACUGUGCUUUUUAUCCGCAUAGAAUGAUGAUGAGUCAGAGGAGGGCCGAGGAGAAAGAAGACACAAGAAGAAACAUAACAAAACACUGUGUGAUGUAGACACAGUAUACAGUAAAUACGCACUAUUCACAGAAGUGAUAAAACAUUUCUGAUCAAUACAUAUUGUGUUUCCUCGACGACAAACCAGAAUUCACUAAUAAAACCGAAAGUUUGUGGUGUAAUGAAACCUGAGGUUACAACACACACACACACGCGCGCGCGCGUACACUUCAACACGCCCACCAAUAAUCCCCCGGAAAGCUCUGAAUUUUCCGUAACGUUAAGCCCCAGAACGCUUCAACCAUCUGACCCCGGCGUGGGUCACGUUCCCUCUGAGUGGAGGGGUGCCGUUGUCACGUGGCCGUUUUCAUGAGAGGAAUCAGGGAAGAGGUAAAGCUCUUGGA